AUGGCUAUCACUAAGAUCCACGCUCGAUCCGUCUACGACUCUCGUGGCAACCCUACCGUCGAGGUCGAUGUUGUCACUCAUACUGGUCUGAACCGUGCCAUCGUUCCAUCCGGCGCUUCCACUGGUCAGCACGAAGCGGUUGAGUUGCGUGAUGGAGAUAAGGCGAAGUGGGCUGGAAAGGGUGUUACCAAAGCCGUCGCCAACGUCAAUGAUAUCAUUGGGCCUGCCCUCAUCAAGGCAAACAUCGAUGUCAAGGACCAAUCAAAGAUUGACGAGUUCUUGAUCAAGCUCGACGGCACUCCAAACAAAGGUAAUUUGGGUGCCAACGCCAUUCUUGGUGUCAGUCUUGCUGUUGCUAAAGCUGCCGCUGCUGAGAAGAAUAUCCCUCUCUACGCCCACGUUUCCGACCUUGCCGGAACUAAGAAGCCAUAUGUCCUUCCGGUUCCAUUCAUGAAUGUUCUUAAUGGAGGAUCACACGCUGGUGGACGUCUAGCCUUCCAGGAGUUCAUGAUUGUGCCAUCUGCCGCACCGUCCUUUUCCGAGGCUCUGCGCCAGGGCGCAGAAGUUUACCAAAAGUUGAAGUCCCUUGCCAAAAAGAAGUAUGGACAAUCUGCAGGCAAUGUAGGAGAUGAGGGUGGCGUUGCGCCAGAUAUUCAGACCGCCGAGGAAGCCCUCGAGCUCAUUUCCGAGGCUAUUGAAUCCGCCGGAUACACUGGGCAGGUCCAUAUCGCAAUGGACGUUGCCUCCAGUGAGUUCUACAAGGCGGAUGUGAAGAAGUAUGACUUGGACUUCAAGAACCCUGAUAGUGACCCAACCAAGUGGCUCACCUACGAGCAACUCGCGGAGCAGUACAAGGAACUGGCCAAGAAGUACCCAAUUGUCAGUAUUGAGGACCCAUUCGCCGAGGAUGACUGGGAGGCCUGGAGCUACUUCUACAAGACCUCUAACUUCCAGAUUGUUGGCGACGAUUUGACCGUGACCAACCCUCUCCGAAUCAAGAAGGCUAUUGAGCUGAAGUCAUGUAACGCCCUCUUGCUCAAGGUCAACCAGAUCGGCACCCUUACCGAGUCUAUCCAAGCAGCGAAGGAUUCUUUCGCGGCCGGUUGGGGUGUGAUGGUUUCUCACAGAUCGGGUGAAACCGAGGAUGUGACCAUCGCUGAUAUUGUCGUCGGCCUCCGCGCUGGUCAGAUUAAGACCGGUGCUCCAGCUCGAUCCGAGCGUCUGGCCAAGCUGAACCAGAUCCUGAGAAUCGAGGAGGAGCUGGGAGACAAGGCUGUGUACGCCGGCGAGAAGUUCAGAACUGCUGUCAAUCUGUAA